AUGAAGCGGCACUACGUUGUUUGUGGUAUUACAGACGCAGCCUUUGUUGUCGACUCCGAGGGUCGGUAUCAGGCCUCCCUACGCUGGAUCGCAAGGAGGACGGAAGCCUUAAUGAAACACUUGCAGAGCAACAGCGUCAAGCUGUUACUGUCGAGCGUGAAGCAAGAGGAAGUAGUUAUCUACUAUGCAAAAUUAUACGGUGUGUCUGUGGUAGAGUGCUUGUCGUCGGAAGAAGUGGCCCUUAUCUGUGAAAUCACAGGAGUCUCAGCUUAUGCGCCUUUUGGUGAUAAUGUGUAUGGAGAAAUCACCGAAGCCGCAGUGGCCACCUUUUGCCAGCCCUUGCUGCUCGGCUCAAAGAGAUGUGUUCACAUUGGCUUCACCAGCGUGUGUGCCUUUCAGCCCCACUGCCUAAUUCUUUGCGGGCCGGUCGACGGUGUUAAUAAGCAACACGCUGCUGCUUUACAAGGGGCAUUUACAAUGCUGCAGCAGCUAUAUAAAAGAGUUGAUCAGAGGGAGGAACGCAAAGCAGAAGGUGAAAGCCAGAACAAAGCCGCAGAUGUUUGCAGCUGGCAUUCUUCAGCUGCUCAGAUGCAACUCGUAAUAGAAAAUAUUUCUUGUAACAGCAGUCAGGUUUCUGAACGACAACUGAAAACACACAGGGAUGAAACAGGGAGACAAACUGUAGACCCUGACUUGCGGGGAAGUGAAAAUCCAGGAUGUGUGCAAACAAGUUUGCAAAUACCCUCAAAUCCCAUCUCGUGCAUCGAAGAAUUGAACGUUGCCGCUGGAGGAGAUGGCUCUUCAAGAGACGUACAGAAACCACAUGCAAAAUGCGAGCAUCCGGGUGACGUGCACGAGAACUAUAGAAGUGAUUUACUUACGGACAGUCGAAAGAAUUACAGGGCUGCUGUGUCAGCAGCACAUAAUGCUAAUACAGUCACUGCAUGUGAACGCCUAGAUGUUGGCAAAGGUCUAAAGAAAGCAAGUUGCGCUAUAGUUCCAUUUAAACACAAAGAGAGUUGUGUAAGCAUUGCACAGAAUUAUUCCAACUCCCUCAUAGAAGCAGGAUCAGUUUUGCCAGUAGGAGGUUACUUUGAAAUCCUGUUGCAUUAUUAUAUUCAGUACUAUGCAAAACAGUUUCAGCAGUCAGAGGUAGCUGUCGUAUCUAAUGUGGUUGCUGAUGCUUUGCUAAGUAUUCCCAAGUCCUUAUACGGGACAACAGAACGAAACAGCUUUACCAAAUUCUAUCUCGAAGCCAUAAACGCACUCAGAAAAAAUCAGCCACUGCCUGUGAACGAAAAAGGCUUAGAAUCAGUGUACUGCAAAUACCAGUUAGUCAUUUCAGUUCUUCAUUGUGUUACAGAGCUUCUCUCCAUAGAUUUAAUAAUUGGUGUUAAGCGACCCCUGCAAACAAUUGAGGAUAAUGACUCAGAAGAUGACUUCUGAAAUCAUUAAUAAAGAAUGUUUUGAUUA